GUUCGUUACGCGUUCGAAAUUCGUCCCGUCCGGUCCGUUAUCAUCAUCGCCUACCUCAAAGUUGCGAGACGCCGCGGAUAACGCCUUCUUUUUCUUCUUUCUUCUACCCUUUUUUCAAAUCGCUCGGGCAAGAGGAGCACCUUCGCCGCGAAUCGCGAGUCAGUCGUGCUAUCAAUCGCGAACUGCAUUGAUCUGUGCCAAUUUGGAUGUGCGCGUAUUUCGCUACCUACUUGCUUCCUUGCAUUUAAUUUGUGCGCUUUGACUUCGUGAGUUUGAGCUUUGGAUUAAGUACUGUGCUGAUCCCGAUUUCAACUCGAGUUUCCUUCCUGGGAUUUGCAUUUUGGACUAAUCACAGGACAAAAUGGCUCCCAACAUCACAAGCGCUCCGACAGGGGUCCUGUUCGAGAACGACCCGGACCUCGGGGACGACAGCAGCUUCCAGCCGGAGCAAGUGAAGACCCAAACCUCCUCCAGCUCCAAGGAGGACACUUACAGACUCCGCAUCGUCUGGAGGAACGUUAUCCUCUUCGUCUACCUCCACAUGGCCGCCCUCUACGGCGCCUGGCUCAUGCUCACAUCCGCCAAAAUCCAGACCUCCAUCUGGGCCUACUUAUUAUAUCAAGCAUCUGGACUAGGAAUCACUGCUGGAGCGCACAGACUGUGGGCACAUCGCUCUUACAAAGCCAAGUGGCCACUGAGAGUUCUGCUCGUGAUUUUCAACACCAUAGCCUUUGAAAAUCAUGUGUAUGAAUGGGCGCGAGAUCAUAGAGUCCAUCACAAGUACAGUGAGACAAACGCAGACCCUCACAACGCAAAGCGAGGUUUCUUCUUCUCUCACGUUGGCUGGCUGCUCUGCCGUAAACACCCCGAUGUCAUCGAAAAAGGAAAGGGAAUCGACCUAAAAGACCUAGAGGAAGACAAGCUGCUCAUGUUCCAGAAAAAAUACUACAUGCUGCUGAUGCCUUUCUUCUGUUUUGUUUUCCCAACCGUUAUUCCUGUUUACUGCUGGGGAGAGACCUGGACCAACUCAUGGUUCGUCGCUACCAUGUUCAGAUACACCUUCACGCUUAACAUGACAUGGCUUGUCAACAGCGCUGCUCACAUGUGGGGACAGCGACCUUAUGAUAAAUUCAUAAACCCAUCAGAGAACCUUGGUGUGGCUGUUAUGGCUCUCGGUGAAGGGUGGCAUAACUACCACCACGUCUUCCCAUGGGACUACAAAACAGCCGAACUAGGAAACUACCGUGCCAAUUUAACAACCGGCUUCAUUGACUUCUUCUCCAAAAUCGGAUGGGCCUACGAUCUGAAAACUGUUCCUCUGAGCAUGGUAAAGAAGCGAGCAGCAAGAACUGGAGACGGCACCUACGAAAACCACAGUCACGAAGGUGAAGUCUGGGGCUGGGGAGACAAAGACAUGUCGCAAGAAGAUCGGGAGCAGGCGACAGUGAUAGGCCGCAAGGACGAAUAAAAUGAGCUUUAGACUGGUGCUGACAUUUUUAUGAACUCAAACACAAGUUGCUGAACAAUCCAGGCGGUUGACACUUGCCAGAUACCACUAUCGGUAUUCUCCAAAGUGUCCCCAAAACAACCUGCAUCCACUUUCUCUCCUGUGUUUAGUUCUCUAGAAAAGUGAUUUUUAUUUUUGUAUACUUCAACUUUUUGAGAUCUUUUUUUCAUUCUUGUCUUGUCUAAAUUAGUGAUUGCUAAGAUUUGUUCCUAAGUUUUAAAUUUUCAAUGUGUAAAUUUCACUAUAGCCUCCGAGUGGCUGGCAACCGUAGUGAUUAAAUUCAAGAACCCUUGCGACUUAUUUUUUUAUGCAGAGCAUAUAAAGACAAAAAAUUCAAAAUUCAUUCAAAUUGUUAACGUAUCAGCUAUGUUUAAAUUUUAGUCUGGCAACAUAACCUUCUAUCAACACAUUUUCAACGGCCCCAAAGUCCCGAUAUUCUCGGAAAAAUCCUCAGCCUGAGACAGGAUCGCAGGCUAAGUACUAUAGCGUCAGAUCUGUAACUGUAGGGUAUCCAAAGUAUAUUGUAAGUACUCGGCUUUUAAAGUCGCUGUGAACAAAAGUACUGCAUUUACUUUAUUGUCGUAACUUAUUAAUUUAUUUAUUUCCAUGUUUUGUAAUUAUCUGCAGCUGUAUAGUAUCUUAACAACCUACCUUUUUGAAAGAUAUUCUUGUGUACAUACUUGCCCUUGUUAAAGUAGUCAGUCUUACUUCAUCUGUGGCAAACGUCUGAUAGGUUUUUGUGAAUGCAGUUUGUGGGUGUUGUUGUUUUUUUUUCUGUACAUUAGUGUGAGUGUUUUUGAUGACAGAUGUAUGUGCUUCCCUUUGAGGAAAAAGCGCUGAACAAAACUUUACCAUUAAAUUGUCUUUUUAUUUUUAUAAAGGAUUUAUUUUAAGAAUUCGAAUUUACUAGACUUCCCCUACGAAUGACUGGUCGACGAAUGAAAGGAAUUAUUAACACUGAUUUUUAUUUCUAAAUUACUGUGAAAAGAAUUUAAAAAGUUUUUUUUGAAGGAAAGAAAGGAAAUAACCAAGUAAAAACUAAAUGUGACCAGAGGAAAGGGAUACAUGAAUUCCUGGUUUUCUUUUAUACGUAUGAAUGAUUUGUCCUUCUUUGCCGCAUUAUUGUUGCAUUAUGCAGAAUAUUUUUCAGUUUUAGAAUGGCAUGGAUAAUUGUAGGAGCCAUAUUCAUUCAAGGUUACGAACUAUCGUAAGAAUUUACUGUGCCUGCCAUGUGUUAGAAUACGGAAGAAAAGGUUUGCUUCAAACUUCUUUAAAUUUUUUCCUCAACUUUCUAGUUUUCUGAAUAUUUUUUCCAGCAAACCUCUCUUUUUUCUACACCUGCAGUUGUCCUUCGAAACCUUGUAAGAAGAAUCAUUUGUUAUUCACUGUAAAUAAGUUGCGUCUUUUCUUUGUUAAAAGACUCAAUUGUUAAUUUUAUUGUUAUCUUCAUUCAAGGUUAUUUAGUUUUUACUUAACUUAGGACGCCCAUCUGAUACGGUGUGACCAAUUGUCUUUAAGCCAUUAACAGUAUGAGUUCGAUUCCCAUAUGUCAAAUCAGUGUUACUGUGUACCGGUGUAGAACAUAUUGGAAAGAGGAAGAGUCGUAAUUUUCUUCUGACCUGAAGUGAUUAUUUUCCUUUUUUUCUUCUUUUUACUAACUUAAUUCAAUUUCAAAACUAUUGAAAUUAUAUAAUUAGGAACUGCGCCCUUAACUUUUUAAAAAUACAUUUUCUUUUCAACAGAUUACAAUUUUGAUUUUUAAUUCUUCUUGCCGGCUAUACUCAUUCCUUUCCAAUCAGUUCUAAUGAGCUUUAAAAUUAGUUUGCUUAAUUAUACCCUUAUGAGCUUCUGCUUAAGUUUGCUGUAGUUCAAACUUAGUAAAAAUUUUUAGUUUCUUUUUGUCAACCAAUGCUCCUUGCUCAAAAAUCUUGUAAUUUUAUUUUUGUCUUAAGAUCUAUCAUCAAUAACAUUCCGUUGUAGUGUACAACCCGAUUCGCCAAGCCGAGGAAUGUGUUAUGUCAUUUAUCAAUUUCUCUAACAGUAAAUUGUUACUCUUAAGGCGCUUUUUUUCUACUUUAAAGAACGUGUUUAAAUUUAUGUUCCUUGUUAUCUAUUUGUAAUUGCAAAAUUUUUGUCAUGAAAUUUCAAUUUCCUAGUUUUUAAUCUUAAAUUCUCUCGCUUGUAAAAGACUUAAUUUUUUACCAAGUUUGAAAUAGCAUUUAAUGCCGGUGCUCAGUGUAUUAUUACGGUGUUCAGAACACCAAGUUAUUAAUUAUAUCCAUUUGACAAGAGAUGUGACGUAUGAAACAUCAUCUAAAACUGAAAACUCUUUUCGUUUCAUUCAGGAUAUAUCUGAAAAAACUUUCGUAUCAACCCUUUCUUCAGCCAAGCUCUCAUUUGAUGCAAGAAUUUGUAAAAUUCUGUUUACUUACCUACUUACGAAAUCAUCACUUUCAGUCUUUAACAUAUCUUUUAAAAGUUCACAAUCGUUCAAGCGAACAAAUUAUUUGCGUGAUAGGUAAUCCUGUCUCUUUCAAUAGUGUUGAGUUAAAUAACUGAGGCUAAAUUACAUAUGCGUGAUGCAGUACUUUUCUGUUGUUGGAGUUUCGUUCCAAACUCAUUGGAAAAACAAGAAUAACUGAAUUGUCAAACUUCAUAGCACAGUCUGACUAUUUGAAUUUUGUGCGCACUUUAACUCCGAGCCCACAGUUUCUUUUCAAAAUGUUCUUUUAGCUUUUCGUAACUGGAGGAAACAGAAUAUUAAAAAUUUGUAUAGUAUACUUUAUUUUUCUAAUCAUUCCUGUUUUCUUCAAUUAAUUUCAAAAGAAAAAAAAGCUACUAAGUAUCAUAUUUUAGUCAGAGCCAAUUUCUGCAUAUCCUUAGAGUUUUUUUUACAAGAAAAAUAUAGUUCUUUCCAUCAUCAAAAAUUUCCAUUGUCGAAUCAACUGUUUCUUAAAUAUGAUAUAAUUCUUUUGUAAAGGUGGGCUUUAUUUUAGAGACCAUAAGGAAUAUUGCUCUCGCUAUGUAAGAGAUAAUAACAUCAAAUUUUCACCACACGUGAAUACUUUUCCAGACCUGAGCCUAUUAAAAUAGCAUUUCUAACAUCCAUUGUAGCAUAGUACUCAAGCUGAAGGAAUGAUUUUGCAAAAAAAAGUAUGCUUACUUUAUAUUUUAUUUUAUUAUUUAUUUAUUUUACACUUUUAAUGCUAAUGAAUGUGAUUUAGACAAGUUAGUCCUUAUAUUUUUAAUUGUACAUUCGAAAUUUAUUGUUACGCAGUCACAAUUAUUUCUUAAGGUGUAUUAUUUUUAAGUUUAGAAGCAAACUUUUUUUUCUCGGCGGAAUGUGAUUCCCCUUUCCCCGGUGACAUUUACGAAGUGCUGCGGGGAAAUAAAUUCUGGAGAAGUGUAUCUAUAUUUUAUAAGAUUUUUGUCUAACUUUACAUGUGUUGUGUACAUGUGUACUGUCGUUAUGUUUAUGUACCCUUACUUUCCUUUACUCCUCUUAUUCUUCUCAUUUUUCUUUUUUUUUUCCAAUAAAUGAAGCAUUUGCUUACAUCUUCUGUAUAAACUGUUUUUGUCAUUUAUCUCUUCUGCUAAACGGGGCUUGAAAGUUAAAUUUAAGGCCUGUAUUUGCGAUUAAAUUAUGAGUACACAUUGAAAUUUAUAGCACCCCAAAAAUACAUUUUUUCUGUUUUCAUUGUUUACUUAUAAAACAGGGCAGAUCGAUUUAUUUAAUUAUUUAUUUGUGAAGAUUAGUACAUUAGCCUGAACAGAAAGGCUCAAUACAAGUCACAUUAGAAAAAGUUACAAAAAAGAGUAAUCUUACAAAUAUUAAAACUCUUGCAAGCUGUAGAAAGGGUUUUGUAAAAAUUGUUCUUUUAAUAUCUUAAUGAACAGAAUUGGCGACUCAGCUUUGAUAAAGAUUUCUUUCAACUCUUUGGGUAACUUGUUGAAAAAUCUGACAGCCCUAAACUCAAAGCUAUCCCAGUCCCAGCCUGUGUCAACAUUUCUCGUAGUUCUCACUAGAAUGUUUCUUGUUUCUAUUUGAUGGCCAUUUUUGCUUCUCUCCUUACUAAUAUAUGCCAUUUUUCAUCUUUCAUUUAGCUUUCAUCAGUUGAAUGCUUGUGAAAAAAUUCUGCUUUCAGUGCUCCAUGAAGAGUUUUACAAGAAUUCAACAAGUCAGAGGUAUAAUUCUUUUAGCCCUAAAGAUAGGAAUGGCCUAAAAAACAAGAUUUUAAGUUCUCCAAAUGUUAAAUUCAUUUUGGUCAGUGUGGGAGCUCAUAACUCACAAUAAUUUCGAACAAAUCUAGCUCGUUAGUACAAAUUGUAGCAUUUCUAGGUACGUUUUGAGGAAAGUUUUAGCCUUGAUACAGGUACUUCUUGAUUUACUCCUGAACUUCACUGUUUUUAUUAUAUCGACGCUCUCGAAUACUUGUACAAGUUUCAUUGGUGAAAUCAGUAAAAUGCUUACCUUUGUAAUUUUGUGACUUUCCAUCAUAUUUCAUUUUGUGCAAGGAUGAUGAAUUAUCAUUUUCGUUAGAAA